AUGACAAGUAUUAUGGAGUCACUUGCUGAAUUUUCCUCCUCCUGGUUCACUUACUCAAUUGCUGAUCUUGAAGAACAAUCCAAAGACAAGAAGAAAGAGGAGAGGGGACGAUUUACUGGGAAGGUCUGCUGGUCGUGGUUGAAGAGGAGGGACGAAACUUGUUGUUGCAGCGAGGCAGGCAAGGGGGAGCUCAAGCAUGUCGGAAACCUCCGAGAUGGUUUUCCUUGCGCUCAGCACAUCAACUCCUUGUUUGGAAACGGAAAGGACUGUACGCCGGGAGCAGGAAGGUGCAGUGGAGCGCAUUGGUCAGAAGAGAGGUUUUCUUUGCCCUGGGGUUGUGACGGGAUCUUGAUUGUUGCUGAAAGCUCGAGCCUCUCCAUUGAGACGUCCAGGGAGGAGGCGAGCCAGCAGGAGGUGGAUUGUGAGCGACUCCUCCGCAUCUUGGUGGAGGAGAAGGAGACGUUGAUGAAUGCUCACUUGGAAGUGUUCCUGCGAUCGCCAUGGGUGGAAAGGUUUCGUCAAGACACAAGACUGGCGAGCUUGCUCAAGUUCAAGAACAGGAGCAAAGAGAUCACAGAAGCUAUGGCUGCAGGAGAUCAAGUUGUCAUGCUCGAUGUCUGCUCCGGGAAAGGGUUCACAGGCCUCCUGCUCUCCUUGGAGUUUCCUCGCGCCUCCGUGUACUUGCUCGAUGCCAAUGGCAACAUGAACAUGUCGCAUUGUUCGUCCCAGGAUAACCUCUCCUUUCUCCACUUCGACCUCUUCAGCAGCAGAGCGGCGGAGGUGCUCGUGGACAUCGCGGGGAUGAAGACAGUAAUCGCAGUUGGGAUGCACCUUUGCGGCUCCCUGUCUCCCCGACUGAUCGAUUUGUUCGCCUUCCUCCCCGCGGCCAAGGCCCUCGUGCUCUGCCCUUGCUGCCUCCGGGGAUACCUCGGAAAGACGGUCAAGGCGGCAGCAAAGGAGUCAGGACGGGGCUAUGACGAGACGCUCUGCGAGGUUCUUGCGGACAUGUUGAGGUGA